GUAGUGACUAAACGUGGUAGUAUCUUCCAAAAUGGCGUCCAAAUAUUAUCAAGAGAUGCAAGAGAGUUUUAGAAAUAACAACAAAAGUAGGGAAUUCCCUGCGCAUAGCGCUAAAGUUCAUUCAGUAGCAUGGAGUUGCGAUGGCAGGAGGUUGGCAUCUGGGUCUUUUGAUAAAACAGCAAGCGUAUUUGUCUUGGAAAAAGACCGUUUGGUAAGUUGCUAGCUAGUUAAUUAGCAUGCUAUCGACGCCAGCUAACAUUGAAUUAAUGAACCACGCAUGCUAGUGCAAGGCUAAAAAAACACGCCUCUCAAGUCUUAUCUUGUAACAUUCAGGCACACCCAAAUUAUACACUCACUUUUAUAUCUAGCAGAUAUCUAUUAAUUUGCUAACUGUAUGAUCAGAUCGCGAAGGAAAGAGCCUGCUAACUAGCUAGGUGUUAUGUUGUGUGCUGAUCCAGGUAGCCUAGACAGCUAGCUAGUUAAACUACAGUUACUUUUUUGUGGUAGCUACCACCCUCUUAGCACACAGCUAGCUAUCUUGUUGAUUUUGCUAGCAGUUUUUGCCUAUAUCAACCCCUCACAGGUGAAGGAGAACAACUACAGAGGCCAUGGAGACAGUGUUGAUCAGUUGUGUUGGCAUCCUACCAACCCAGACGUGUUUGUCACUGCAUCAGGGGACAAGACCAUACGCAUCUGGGACGUCAGGACAACAAAGUGCACGGCUACUGUCAACACUAAAGGUACACUCCAGUUCCAAAAACAAUACUUUAGUCUUGUGCUUUAGUUUUGCCUGAAGUGAAAGACUUUACAGUACGUGGUCAUUUUUGGCCAUCUGUAAUGUUCUGUUGCAUUCAUUCUGAUAUGUGCCGACAACAGUGCUUGAUCUCUCUGUUAUGUUUGUUUGCAGGGGAAAACAUCAAUAUCUGCUGGAGUCCGGACGGCCAAACGAUAGCCGUUGGGAACAAGGACGAUGUGGUUACCUUCAUCGACGUCAAAUCGCACCGGUCGCGAGCCGAGGAGCAGUUUAAGUUUGAAGUCAACGAGAUCUCGUGGAAUAAUGACAACGACAUGUUCUUUCUCACCAAUGGAAACGGGUGCAUCAACAUCUUGAGGUAAGACCUUGGUACCUUCCAAAAUGGCACCCUAGGUUAUUCCCUAUAUAGUGCACUACUUUUGGCUAGGACACAUACGGUGCUGGUUGAAAACCAGUGCACUAUUUAGGGAAUAGGGUGCCAUUUCCCCACGCACCCUGUUACUCUAGCAUUCAUAGUCCUGUCCAAACUAGAAUGUGUAGCUUAUGUCCUGUGAUGUAGCCGAUGCCUAUUGCUGCUGCACACGAACGUGGAAAUGACUUGGAAGUAAUCGAUAGAUGAACCUAAAGUUACGGCUCCCUGACUUUGGACAUGUUGUUUUCAGUUACCCUGAGCUGAAGCCCAUCCAGUCGAUCAACGCCCAUCCCUCCAACUGCAUCUGCAUCAAGUUUGACCCGACGGGGAAGUACUUUGCCACAGGAAGUGCAGACGCCCUCGUCAGUCUGUGGACCGUUGAAGAACUGGUCUGUGUUCGCUGUUUCUCCAGGUGAGUGAGUCUACAUUGAAAACAGUCAAUGUGGACAGAUGUCGAUCUACAACAAAUGGUGCAAUUGCAAAUCCCUCACCAUCAUCAUCAGCUAACCCAAGUAACCCGUGUAAACAUCCAAAACAUGAUCAGUAUUUGGUAUCACUUGACAUGCACGCUUUUGCAAUGUAUACAUACGUUGAGUCUGAUUGUCUUGUCAAUGUGUCCCAGGUUGGACUGGCCAGUGAGGACGUUGAGUUUCAGCCAUGAUGGGAAGAUGCUGGCUUCAGCUUCCGAAGACCACUUCAUAGAUAUAGCGGAGGUUGAAACAGGUUAGUUGAAGAAAGUCAAUGCAUUUUUUUUGUGGCACAUAAAGAAACACAAUUAGCAAGAACACAAAAUACAGUCAGUUGAAAGAAUUGAAUGUGCAAGAAUAAUCCCCUCUGCUCCCUGUGGAACAUACGGCCCACACAACAAGCCCACACUAUGCCAGAUAGUCCUUGGCAAGGAUAAAGUCCUCUUUAAUUUGAGUUCAUCAUUCAUAAUAAUAUAAUAUGCCAUUUAGCAGACGCUUUUAUCCAAAGCGACUUACAGUCAUGUGUCCAUACAUUUUUACGUAUGGGUGGUCCCGGGGAUCGAACCCACUACCCUGGCGUUACAAGCGCCGUGCUCUACCAAUUGAGCUACAGAGGACCAUUCCUCAGUAUCCUCUAUUCUUUCUUUUGUCUUUUUGCAGGAGAGAAGCUGUGGGAGGUCCAGUGUGAGUCGCCUACGUUCACAGUGGCCUGGCAUCCGAAGAGACCGCUGCUGGCGUACGCAUGUGAUGACAAGGAAGGGAAGUAUGACAGCAAUAGAGAGUCGGGCACUGUCAAACUGUUUGGAUUACCUAAUGAUUCCUGA